GACCGCUCAAGAAUGUGCCAGACAGCCCCGCAGUUACUGUUCAUGCGUCUCCUAGAGAAGAAGAAAGCGACGUGUUGAGAGACUGCGACUUCAUGUCCGUUGUUCUGUUACAAUGGCAGUGACUGGUAGGUUGAAAUCAAGAUUAACUUUAGUGUGCUUCUUUGGUCUCCUUCCGUCUGCAAUACUCUUCAUGACUGUCCACUUUCGCGGCAAGAAGAAGGCAGUGUACAAAAUGGAGAGCACCGUAGUGCCCUCCGGCGCUCUGCAUGCAACCAGUGACGAGAUCGUUCGCUACGAACACAUCAAGAACGCAUCAGAAACACCAGCCGUACUUUUGCGUAUGUCUUCGGAGGCUGCAAUCCUUAAGGCCAAUCAAGAAGGGGCAAAAUGCUUUGUGGAGGGCACUGCCCCCGGAACAAAUAAUCUGACAUGCGCCUGUAAAAAGGGCUGGAAUGCGCCGGAUUGCUCCGUUCCUGACGCUGUUUGGUUUACCGAGGCUUUCGAAAUGUGGUACUCCAAGGGCCUCAUUCGACGCAGAUCGAGGCCACGCACCGUAGUCAAUGGUAUCAUCUUCAACCACGAGCUAGACCUCUUGGAAGUCCGCAUAAGAGAACUGGGGAAUGCAGUCGACUAUUUCAUUGUCGUGGAAUCGACGUACAAUAAUUUUGGCGCUAUGAAGCCCCUUUAUCUGCGGUCGAACCUGAGUGCAGGAUUUAUGCGAGAGCAUGCGCAUAAGAUAGUCCCAAUAGCGGUGGACAUUUACAUUCAUAACGGGGACGAUCCGUGGGCUCCCGAAAACUACUUACGCACUUCCGUUUGGCACGAAGGUCACCGUCGGCUCAAGAACAUCCGAGAUGACGACCUUUUCAUCAUGUCCGAUGCCGACGAGAUACCUAGCAGAGACGUGGUGCUUUUUCUGAAACAUCAUGACGGCUAUGGUGAACCUGUGUUAUUAAGUCUCCGUUGGUUCCUGUAUGGUUUCUUCUGGGAGAACUCGAAACCAGUCACUGUGAGUGGUGUGUGCACUGUAGCUUUCCUACGGGAGGUGUAUGGAAACGACUCGCUGCGUCUUCGUCAUAUGAACACCUAUACGCUUAAAGAGAUCUCCAACACGGGUACGUUGAUUCAGGAGUGGACCAUUUCGGGCCUAUCACCCCGAUACGCUGGCUGGCACUGCUCAUCGUGCUUCGAUGCUCGUGGCAUACAGGUCAAGCUCGCAUCAGCGCAGAGGGACGACGGAGUGCGGUGGGGUGACAUCGCCCAGAAAACAGACCUCGCGUACAUCAACUCCCUCAGGAAGAGAGGCCAAUUCUUCGACGAGAGCCCACCACUGAAGCGCUGUGACGCGAACGAUGCGGCUCCGGCAUACGUCAGAGAAAAUGCUGAACGAUUUCGCUACCUAAUGCAGCCAUAAUGCCCGAUUCGUUGCAGAUAUCACCAAUAUGGAUAUUGCCAUGCUCCAGAUAGCUCUGCGAGUGCAAUCAAUUUUGCAAACAAGACGUCAACGUGAUUUCUUUAACAUGACCCGAUAUGGGAUCAUGAAGACGUCAUCCAUGGUUAGUAACUCCAGUUUAUGCUGCAGUAAGAUUGAUAAAUCAAUUAUGCGGAAUUUCGUAAGGUGGAGGUACGUUCAGAAAAGGAAAAAUUGGCAUCCACCCAUUUUAGCUUCAUGUGUGUGAGUGGACGUCAAUUUUUCCUUUCAUGACCUUGCGGAAAUCCGCAGAACUGAUUUGCCAAAUUGAAUUCCAUCCCCCCUACGGCCACAGGAACGCUCCUGCUACUCACAACGAGGUUACGAAAUUAUUCUACAUGUCUAGAAGGGUCUUUCCACCCUCUCAUACCAAGUUGAAUAGGGCGCAAGCCGUUUCUCUUAGGCUCUUACACACCGGCACAUAUCCGUGUCUGGCCGUUCUACACGAUGUUUAGCCCGACGUAUAUCGCGACUGCGCCUACCCGUCCUGCGGGCCGACCUCCACUCUAGCCACAUGCUCUGGGAGUGCGGGUCGAGAUACCCCAAGUUCAACAAGGAGGAGUGGGACUCGCUUCUGCGUAGGCCCGCUCUAGACAAGCAAAUCCUGGCUGUCCGGCGUGCCUGCGACCAGGCCGGUGGGCUAGAACUGCCGGUCCCGACGUAGGACUAUAGCUGGGUGCUCGACGAGUUCGCGUCCUCACUGCACCUCCAAUAAAGUCCU